AUGAUCGACUAUAUUGGUGAGUCAAUAACAACGGCAAAAACAUUUUAUUUUGCUUCAGGUCAAACUCUGACUCUUGACGAAGAUCAAAUUGAAAAAAUCCCAUAUUUAGCUGCUCUUGUUUCUUCUGCGAAUUGUUUUGAAUCGACAUGUGACGAGUAUGGUCAUUAUAAACUCGAUUCACGCAUUGAAUAUAAACAUUUUUCUUUCAUUCUUGAGUCACUUUCAUUCCAUUCAAUUCGACAACUAUUCACUCAUCUACCUAAACAAAAUCAUGUUAUACCUAUUAUUGCUCUUCUCGAUUUUAUUGGUAUUGGACCACAACCAGAUCCAACUUUACAGGAAGUUGAUUCAAUUUUCUUUUCAACUUUAGAAAUACGUGAACGUAUAUUAGAAGAAAUAUCUGUAUUAACACCGAAAUUAGAACAAAAACGUAGUGAAUUAGUAACAAAAAUACGAGAAUAUGAACAAAGUCACGAUAUAUUGCAUGAAUCCGAAUACAAUCUAUUUAAUUUUCAUCUAGUCUAUCAUAAUCUAUUCUAUCGUUCAUCUUUUGAAAAGCUACAAGAAGAAGCUUUAUCUUAUGAGCUCAUACUCGAUAAAUUACGUCAAGGUUCAAUCAUAGAAGAAGAAAUACAUCGAUGUGUACUCGAGUCAUUGGAUUUAGCCGCAUUAAAGCAAACAUUUCUUUCUGUUGUGUUAAAUAAUACCAUCUAUCCAAACUAUCAAGUUCCUGUAAAUAAACCUAAACCAUUACCAAAAUUUCAACCUAAAUAUUCAAUGCAUCAAUUAAAAGUAUUUCGGUCAUAA